AUGGCGAACGGAUCCCCAAUGUCGUCUCAAGCUCAAGCCCGCUCUCCGUCCUCCCCCACAAAGCUGUGCUCCAAGACCUACAAGAACGCCUCCCAGCUCUACCUCACACGGCGUCUCCCGGAAGCCCUCGAUAGUCUUCAACCCAUCAUCACCCCUGUACAAGAUGACACGAAUAAUGGCGACAACUCAACACCGGUCGCGCCGAUCGCCACUGCCGCGGGCACGUGGAGGAUCAAGGUGUGGAACCUUUACAUUACUCUCCUCAGCGCAAUAGUCGAUCUUGGCGCAGAGGAAGGAAAGAAGCAAUUUGGUCAGAAGGAAUGGAAAUCAAUUGCUUCACAGGUCAGAGAGGGCGCAAUCUGGGACAAUGUGGUCGAGGUUGGAUACCAGGGCCGCGAGGGCUCGGUGGAUGCCGAAGUCGUCUACAACCUUGCUACUCUCGUCCUAACCCACUCCUCUUCACAAUCCCUGAACCAACAACGCCUCGAGACUUAUCUCUCAUCAUAUGGACAGCCAAAUCUCGACCUGACAGAUCGCCUACAGGAUGGAUCGAUUGACUCCCAGCCACCGCCUUUGCGCACGACGAGUGGAGCUGAUACACCAAAGGAUCUAACCGCCCGAGUAAAGAUCAUUGAGCUCUUCACCCUCCACGUCCUUCCCCGCAACGAUGAAUGGGAGUACGCCACCGAGUUCAUCAAUUUAAGCGAAGUCCUCGAUGAAGAGCGCAAAGAAAUUUUCCUACAGACUCUCGAAGGGUUGAGGGAAGAGAAGGAACGAGGCGAAAUGCGCGCUGUCGAACUACAACGGGCGAAAGACGCAGAGCUCGAACGGCAACGAGACGAGGAACGUCGCGAAGCCGAGGAAGCAGCCGCAGCUGCGAAACCACAAGCCAAUGGCCACAAGCGCAAUACGAGCGAGACCGACUAUGGGAUUGAGAAGAGCCGCCCACAGGGCUCGCCGAAGGGGAAAGGAGCAAAGUCCGAUAAGUUGCCGAAUGGCAAGCCAAGGACUUCGCUCUCCUCGUCCGGUUCCAAAAAUGUCAAGAAACAAGACAAGGUUGAACCCCGCGGGCGACAAACUCAGGCUGUGGCCACGGCAUUGCGCAAUCUUUUCCGUCAUAUUAUCCAGGCCGUGUCUGGUAAUCCCAUGUCAUUAGUGCGCACUCUACUCUUUGUGGUUGGUAUCUUGAUGGCGAUGAGCCGGCAAGAUGUCCGUGAACGCGUACGACGAGUGACUGGCGGUGCUUGGCAAAAGGUCAAGUCUACAGUCGGUAUGGGCGUCAAAGUGAGCUACAUUUGA